CAGGCUAAAAAUUCAGAUGAAAAGAAACCAGAGCUACCAGAUAGUGAAGAUUCAUAUGAUUCACUAUAUAGACAUACAAAUCAUUGUGAAUUUAAAGAUACCUUUGAAAAAACAAAAGCAUAUCCCUACAAGCCAUCAUCAUUAAACCUACUAAUAGAAAAAAUAUCGUUAUUUUUGUUAGAUUAUUUCCAAAAAGUUUUUAAUAAUCAUGAAAAAAGUAAACCAAUUAAUAAAUCAAGAAAAAAGAAGACAUCACAAUAUGAAUUAUUUAUCUUGGGAGAAACUGUUGAUCCAAGAUGUCUUCCAAUAGGUUAUAGCACUAAUAUGCCUCCGUCAUCAGAUACUUUAAUUUUUAUGAAUCAUCAUGUAGACAAUCAUUUUUUAAUUGAACCUUAUUGUAAAAUACAUAUAAAUUAUUGUGUAAUGAUAAUCACCAAAUAUAGACUUUCCCUAUGCUGUACUUCAUAG